AUGGUUCUGUGCAAGCUGGGAGAUCGCGGUCGUUACCCGAAGUCGAACAUGGUAGUAUGCAAGCUGGAAAAUAGUUUAAUUUUCGACGAAAAACCUAGCACACUGCUAGAAUGUAAGGAGAUGGCGACCAAAGGGCUGAUAAUCGCUUUUUUGGCGAUAUUAUUGAACCAGAUCUGCCACGCUCGAGGGAUUACGACUGUCGAGAGAUCGACCAGUGACUCGAAAUCGAAACUUACACUCACCGUUCAGGAGCUGUCGUUCAUACUGAGUACACGGAGAGGCGACAACGUCAAGCCGCCGAGGACGAUCUCGCCCUGCGCAAGGGCAAUACUCACCUGUUGUAACGGUAAAGUGAUCAACUCACAGUGCUCGGAAUCGAUGAAAUGCGGCGCCUUCUUCUUUGACGACAAUCCUUGCGAAGACAAGUUUAUCGUAGACGCGCUGAACGCCGCUAGGACGUUUUACGAACAGUACACCAAUGGGAAAAUG